AUGUGCCGAGCCAAGCUUGAUAGUCUGACCUCAGAGGAGGCCUGCCCACAGGGCCUCGAAGAUCUGCAGAUGCACGCAGAGAGCCUUGCCAAGAGCUUGCGUUCCCAGACCUGCCAGGAUACUUUCAGGAACCUGGGCGACCCGGAUGCUGCGGAGCACAUGACACGCUACACAGCCUGGGCGGCGCAAGCCCAGCCCAAGGAGGCCUCCAAACGGGCCUCCAAGGCCCGGAUGGGUGCGGCCUCGGGUGUGGCCUUGGCCGCAGAUGUGCUCGCCAAAUCACUGGCACGCAUGGGCACCAUGCGUACCAGAUUUCGCCAGCUUCACGUGACACUCCAAGACCUUGAAGAGACUCGUGAAUUGGCCUCCGCAUUCAAUGGAGAACGGCCGGUGGCUGCAGACAUUGCAGUAGAGGCCUCCGACGCCUUAGCUCAGGCAGCAGAGCGCUGUCGACUUGCACUUGAGAUGCUCCCCGCUUCCACAGCUUGGGUGGAGCUGCCCGAUCCGGGCAGCAUAGCGGAUGCACUGGAAGCAGCCGCAAUAGCCCUGGAGAAGGGCAGGUCGCAGCUUGCGGAGCUGGAGGCCUUCCAAGUUGUUGCAGUUAAUCGAAUCGAAGCCCGGGAAAAAAAUAUUGCAUCCGCGAAGCGCGACAACUCCGACAACUUCGACAGCCUGACUUCUGUGAGCCUCUUGGGACCCUUUGGGCUCAAGGCCCUCACCGAAGGCCUCGGCAACCCUGAUCCGGGGAUGGGGAGAUCCGAGACAUCAGAGGAGUGUGGCCGCAGCUGGAGCGAUGUUCGGGGCCUGCUUAAGGUUUUCGGGACAGGGUCUCGCAGCAUCGAUACGGAAGCAGCCACCACUGUCCUAAGCGAAGUGUUCCAUGUGUUUGAUGAUCUCAUCGAUGGGUUGGCACGCAUUCUCGAAGAGUUGAUCUGCUUGGAGAGUGAGACUGAAUCGAUGUGUCCGGCGCUGCUGGGCGCCGCUCAGGUUCAGAGUGACCUGUUGGAAUGGAAGCUAACCCUGCUUGACAAUGAGACGAACCAGGUAAGCGUACUAAGUGCGCAGCAGAGCUGCCAACUCACGGACUUCGUUGAGGUAGUGCUGGCCGUCGGCGAUGCAAUGCUGGCAGCCACAGCCCAGAUGCGACGGAGGCGCAGAAAAGUCGUGGAGGGCUUAAAGGCAUCGAUUGAAAUCAAAGCAGCGAUGAUGCCAAGUUUGGGGAAGAGCGGGCCGUCACAGCUCUUUGCAGACUGA